GUGCUCACGCUGCCACCUCCAAACUGUGCACAUGGAUAUUUUAUUUCUUCAAAAUACAGUAGUUUAGUUUUUUUUUGUCGUAGGCUGUGAAAAGUUUAAGUGAAAGAUUAAGAAUUUCAGUACAAACGUUGAGCUGGAAGUUACCUUAUAAGCCAAAUAAAUAUAGACAAAAUUGUGCAUUUGCUAUUAGUUAUAUUGUAGUUCUGCUUCCAUUUAUAUUUACUUGGCGCAAUUUUCUUGCUGGCAAUGUAAUCACACCGAGCUGACGACAAGUGCUAGUGACCUAGAUUUUGGGAGUCCUGCGCUUGAGAGUAACGCCACACCACCGCCACCGCAAUCCUGCUCCGUUCGCCAGUGCCAGUGACUGUGCCUGUGAAUCCUUCCCGCAGCAACAAAGUAAAGGUCACAAAUCGCGAGGCAAGCCUUUUUUUGGGUUAGCGGAGUCAGAGAUCACAACGAGCUUAGUCCCCCCACUAUAUAUGACUGGGUGACCAGGAUCUGACAUGCGUAACAACAGCGGCUAUAGUAUCCCGGCCAGCAACAGUCUGAAUCUGAACAACAAUGGAGCCCCAGCGCCACGUUACUGCAAUGCGGACAAUACGUUUUGCUACUACAACUAUGAUAACUGCAACCUGAUCGCUCCCACUUGGGGCAACCGCCAGAAUCAGAAUCCGAGUCAAAAUCAAGUACCCAACCAGAACCACAAUCUGCCGUCAAAGAGAAUUCCCACCAAGCAAGGAGCCAGAUCGAGCUACCAUCAAUCGGCGGCCAAUUCGGCGCCGGAUUCCUCAAUCUAUACCGAUGCAUUUGGCCAGCAUUCCCUGAUCAACCAGCGGAUAGCUGGCAACAAGAGCUGCGAGUACGUCUACCAGACUGUUCGGCGAUCGGAGGAUCAGCAUUCCAAUAGACAGUACAAGCUGACAAGGCCCUAUGCCGCUGACAAGGAGCAACAGCCGAUGCUGCUCCAGCCAUCCAUCGUUUACUUCGAUCCGGAGCUAAAGAAACGGAAAGCCCGAGGGGGACGCGUGACGUCCGAUUAUCUGGACAAUAGUCCGGACAGAUAUCGGGCCCUCAAUUCCCCCUCACCAGAGCCAACCUGGGAUAACAUACUCUCAGAGCGGCCGGCGCAGUAUCAGACGACGAAUCAGCACUAUCAGCACUAUUUUUCGUACUUUUACAAUCGUGGAGCGGAGAAACUGUCCAAGCCAUCGUUUGGCGUUGCCAAUAGCCGCAAACUGCCAAUGAGUAAAUUUCAAAAGCCCAGCGCCAGUCGCAGAGAUUCUCGAGAUGUAGAUGACACCGUCAUUGUUGGUCGGAGAGACAAUUCUGAGGACAGAAGCUGGCAGAGUCCAAAAUAUGAGAAGCACGUGCUGAAGGAGAAGCUGCCGAGCAAUGAUUUGGAAGGCGAUUACCUGGACAAUGACUGGGGAGACCCUGGCAGUGGCGAGGAUUACAGGGAUAUAAAAGAGGUCUAUGACCCCGCUGUUGUUAUUGAUGACGGGCUGGAGCAGGUCCAUCGGCGCUAUUGCAGAAUGUCCGAGAAUGCGGCCCUGGAUGAUUGCGGAGAUGCUCUGAUUAAUAACAACAAUAAUGAACUGAAGGUAAUGCGGAAGGCGACGGAUCAGCCCGUGCCCCGGUUGCCAAUGACGCCAAAGAGGGCCAAAGGGGGUGCCGUGUCCGCCAAGAAGCCAAUGCCCACGGUUCAUCGGGUGCUGCUGUACAGCACUCAAAGUCCUCGAAUGGGCCGCAAGCAACAGUUCACCACCCAGCGUCUCAGUAUAAAGCCGCAGAGCGCCAAGACUCUGGGAGGAGGCGAUGAGGGACAAACGGUCAUAUUGCUGGAGCCGGAAGACAAGCCGGAGGACAACCGCAGUGCCAUAGACUUUGAGCGUAACGACGACUUCGACGAGGAUGAUGACCUCGACAAUCUUUCAAAUUUCGACGAAAGCGACACCGCAAGUGUACUAUCAGACACGGAAGAUGGCUAUCGUGCCCAUGCCUACAAGCUCACACACUCGGUGGAUCGAUUUUUAUCGCCCCAAGGCACUCCCAGCUUUUCGUCUUCUCAGUCUUCCGAGGACGAUCUUAAAAAUCCGGAGUCACUCCUAGUUCCCAGUUUGUUUCCCUAUGUGCCCCCCUAUUUGUCCUUCUCGUCGAACACAAAAAAGGGUCCCCGGGUGCCGCCGGAUCUUCAUCGAGUACUCAAGUGGCGCAUCACAAAUAUAAUGCCAAAGGUCGUUCGGCUGAUACUCGCCAACAGCGGGAUGCGAAUGCUGAAGAAAACCAACGAUUGGAUGGGUGUGUGGGGCAAGCACUUAAAGUCGCCGUGUUUUAAAGCCAUUCGUUCAUAUCAAAAAAUAAAUCACUUGCCCGGCUCAUUUCGUAUUGGCAGAAAGGAUUCGUGCUGGAAAAACCUGCAAAGGCAGAUGGGUAAGCACAGCAACAAGGAAUUCGGAUUCAUGCCGCGCACAUACAUUAUUCCAAACGAUCUGGGUGCAUUGCGGCGGCACUGGCCGAAGUAUGCCCAGCGAAAUACGAAGUGGAUAAUAAAGCCACCAGCUAGUGCUCGAGGGGCUGGCAUCAGAGUUAUAAAUCGAUGGGGCCAGAUCCCCAAGAGAAGACCUCUUAUCGUGCAGAAGUACAUUGAACGGCCACUUCUUAUCAAUGGAAGUAAAUUUGACUUGCGUCUUUAUGUCUUGGUUACAUCCGUAAAUCCCUUGCGUGUUUUCAUGUACCACAACGGAUUGGCACGAUUUGCUUCUGUGAAGUACAGUGCCAAGACUGACACUUUAAACGAUCGGUGUAUGCAUUUGACCAACUACAGCAUCAAUAAGUUUUCCUCAAACUAUUCGAAAAACGAAGAUGUCAAUGCCUGUCACGGGCAUAAGUGGACCAUCAAGUCUCUGUGGACGUACUUGGCAAACCGAGGGGUUCGUACCGACUGUCUGUGGGAAGCUCUUAGAAGUUUAGUCCUUCGAACGAUUCUCGCUGGCGAGAAUGGCAUUAAUAGCAUGAUAAGAGCAAAUGUAGAGUCAAAAUACAGCUGCUUCGAGCUGUUUGGCUUUGAUGUGAUUUUGGAUUCCGACCUUGUUCCUUGGCUUUUGGAAGUAAAUAUAUCUCCCAGCUUACACUCGGAACUGCCACUAGAUGCUCAUGUGAAGGCGCCUUUGGUUCAGGGCGUCCUUAAUACUGCACUGUACAACGUACCUCCAAAACUAUCGUUGGAUAAGCAAAAAGAACUGGCUGCAGAAUUUUCAUUUCCUCCUGGCACACAAAUGUGCUAUGAUAAACGUCUUUAUAUAAAUUAUUUAUCUCGCGAAGAAAAGGUUAAGCAUAACACCUUCACAAGAAAGUCUAUGGAAGAUCGGAAUGAGUAUGUAAAUGCGAUCCUGAACAAUCUAACUCCCGAUGAUGUGAGGUGCCUUAUCAUAGCAGAGGAUGAAUUAGCGCGGUGUGCACCCUUAGAGCGCAUUUUUCCAACAGAUCAAACCCAUAAGUACCUUAAAUACAACGACAGCCCGCGGUAUUACAAUCGCCUUUUGGAUGCAUGGGAAUCGCGCUACGCUAACAAUCGCACGGAAGGCAUUGCGUUGUUGCGCGACUAUUGUCAAAACAAAUAUCAUCUUCAGGUCCCAACACCUCCAGCCAAAAAGUAUAUUGAAGGUGAUCACACUGCAUACUCCUUACACCUGAGUCCAGAACAAGAAUUUCUUACAACGUCAGGAUUACUUCAUCAAGUUUAUGAGAUGGAUUUUAAAGUGACAGUCGCUGCCAUCGUAUUAUUGGUAGUCUUUAUUGUUAUCGUUAGUGCAAUUACAUUAGUAUUAAUAACAUAUGUAUAUAUUUGAUAUUUAAUAUUAAUAAACUCUAAUGUAUUUGUAAAUAGGUUAUUCAAAUAUUUAAAUCAAAAUGUACUCUGUUGGGACAUUACCGAAAUUGCAUAAUUCGUAACUAAAUUGUGAUCUUGUUUUAUAAAAUAGAUUGGAAUAGUGUUAUUGCUACAAGUGAAAAUAUUAUAUAAUUCUUAGAAAUCAGUAAAUUCGUUGUAAUUGAUUUAUUAUGGUAAACUGCCAGUCAUUUAUAACAUAAUAAGUGAGGUGUUUACAAACAAAAUUAUAAUAAAGUCUAAUAAAUUCUCCAUUAACGUUAAGAAAA